AUGAAUAAUAGAAUCUUUAGAUUUUAAAAUACUAAUAUUUUAGCACAAGCUUUAACUAAUAAGAUUCAUGAAUUAGAAUUUUAAUCAAAAAAAGGAAUAAAAUAUCCAUAUGGAAACAAUGAAGAUUUCAUUGUAAUCGGAUAAAUGAUUUUGGAAUUUUAUUUUUCAGAUUAUCUAAUUUAAAGAGGGUAUAUAUAAGAAAAUAUAUAGAUAUCCCAAUAAAGACUCAUCAAUUAAAAAGCCUAGUGAUCUUGUAUUGCUAAGGCAAAAGCUAUUAAACGAUAAAAAUUUAGCAGAAAUAGCAAUUCAAUAUAAUAUACACAAUAUAGUUCAAAUAGGCAAUCAAACAGUUUUAAAGUAUGCUUAAUUCAUGUAUGAAUUAGAAAAAAUCCGAAAAUUCUUGCAGAAACACUUAAAGCUUUGUUAGCAGCUCAGUAUCAUGACUCUUAAUAUGAUUUAGAACAUGUUAGAGAAAUUUCUUAAUCUAUUAUAAAAGAACUUUUAGACAAGUAUUCAUUUAAAUUAUAAAUUAGAGGUUAAAAUAUUCCUAUAGCAGAAUUAAAAUAGAAUGCAAAAUCAUCAUUUCUAGAAUUCAUUAAUAAUUAUACAGAUUUGAUUCCUAAAAUAUCUGUUGAAUGGAAAAAAGAUGAAAAUUUGAUUAAUGUUUUCAAAGUAUAAUUAGAAUUAGAUUCUUUUUUAAACAUUUCUAAAACAGGAGUAAAUAAACGAUUAACAGAAUAAUUAGUAUAUUAAGAAGCCUUAAAGUAACUAAAACAAAAAACAAUUAUUUAAUCAAAAUUACCAAAGAAAUCCUAAAUUGAAAAAAAAUUUUAAGAAAAACAAUCAAUUGAAUAGAGCACAAUAGUUUAUGAAUUAGAUAAUUCUAUAACAAAUGAAGGUCAAUAUUUUUAAUUUUCAGAAGUCGAUGAAUAUAGUAAUUCAGAUUUUCAUGAAUCCUUAGGAGAGAAAGUAGAGAAUCUACUUGAAAAAUUAGCAUUUUGA